AUGAAGAGGACCUACACUCUACCACAGGCUUUUGACCUCAUUUUGAGCCCUGUGGAGGAGAGAUAUGAGGAAGAACCUUCAGUAGAAGAGGAGGGAGUGUCAGAGGAAGAGAACAUCACUGAAAAUGAUGAAGACUUUGCUCCAACUGAUGAGGAGGAAUCAAUGACCGACGGCGUAUGUUGGAUGCAGAGAGGGAAAGGAUCCCCCAAGGGCCAACAAGUAAAGAGGCUACGUCCAGCCUAUGGCAUACGCAGUCUGGGAGGGCUUUCGGGCGACCAUGCCACUGAAGACAUUCCACAUCAUCUCAAGUUGGAUGAGCGCCUGGUCCCAUUCAGAGGUCGAUGCGGAUUCAAGCAAUAUAUGCAGAGUAAACCUGGCAAGUACGGCAUCAAAAUCUGGGUUGCCUGUGAUGCCCAGACCAGCUACGCCUGGAACAUGCAAAUGUACACAGGCAAACCUGUGGACGGCCAGCCAGAGAAAAAUCAGGGUUCUCGAGUUAGCACCACAGAGGACAAAAAGCACCAGAUCAUCCUUGAUUAUAACAAGAACAAAGGGGGAGUCAACAACCUUGACAAGGUCACCAGCGUAUACAGCUGUAAACGGAUGACAGCCCAUUGGCCCCUGACGGUAUUCUACAACAUGCUUGAUGUGUCUGCAUACAACUCCUUGGUGCUGUGGAGAGAGAUGGACCCAAGCUGGAAUCAGGGGAAAUGCCACAAGAGGAGGCUGUUCCUUGAGGAACUCGGAAGAGAACUUGUGACACCUCUCAUGAGACGACGCCAGGCACUGCCAGCGUCUGCCAGCUUGGUCAUGGAAGUCCAGCAGGAUGCAUUGACCUCUGCAGCUUCUCCCCCUCACCCAACUGCUCCUCUGCACCAAUCACCCAAAAGGAAGAGGUGCCAGUUCUGCAUGAGUGACAACAAAACCAGCACCAGGUUUUCUGAUGAGUUCAGUCUUCUGCUGGAGUUACGCAGCUCUCAGAAGGAGGAGAGCAGUGUGGUGACCCUGUUAAACUCCUAUCAUCACAUCCACCUGCAGCUUCGCCUCGGCCCACGUUCACUCACCUUCAUCUCCACCCAGCAUAGAGAGUAUGAUAACGACGGCCAAGCCCUCAUCUGUCCUCCCUCAAUCAAAUAUAGGUUCCCAGUGGAGUCUCUGUGUGAUGGUCAGUGGCACCAGCUAUCACUGAGUGUCUCCCCACUUUGGCUGGAGGUGUAUGUGGACUGUUCUCUGGUGGAGAGGGUGAACUGGGCCUAUCCUUGGCAGGGUAUCUCCACUGAUGGCCUGCUGAUGAUCGGAGGCAGCCUGGAGGACAUGGAGACACCCUUUGAAGGUGCUGUGAGACAAAUGACAUUUGUGAUGGGGGAUCCAGACGCUGCCAGAGACCACUGUACUCUCCAUCAGCCUGUCUGCAACCAACCAGCCCCAAGUGCACUCUGGGACGUGGACUCCGGCACGGGGCCUCAUGAGUCGUCUAACAGUGCAGAGGAGUCAGCAGAUAAGGAGUCCAUACAUCUGGUGGAUCAUCUGUUGGAGAGAAAGCCUCUUGACUCCACUCAUCAAGAUGCUGCUGACCAAAGCCAAGGCUUUGAUGAACCUCACAUUGUGUUGGCAGCUAACGAUAAAGACAGAAGAGUUCAUGGGGCUGAAUCCUCUCCAAGCAGACAAGCGUUAGAUGAAAAUAUCAUCCAGGAAAGUGCAGCGGACACAGACUUAUAUAGUGUAGUUAGCUUAACCUCAUCUGAUUCUUUAGUGAAGUACAGGAACAGCCAUUACCCUCCUUUAAGAAUCAGUGAGGCACGGCGGCAUUCCAGUCUGCAGCAUGAGGAGUCUUUGUCAUCUGGACCCACCACUGGAACAGGAAAGAUCAUCUAUGGAUCUGACCAGAGAAUCUACAGAAUCCACGAAGGUCCCUCUGGCCCGGUCGGACCACAGGGAAGAAGAGGAUCUCAAGGUAUUCCAGGCCUGGAUGGUAGGAGAGGGGAUCCAGGGCCUCCAGGACCUCCAGGACUUCCCGCUCUUUACCUAUGGAGGAGCUCUGAGGACGACUGGACAGCUUUUAGGACCCAAGGAACGAGCAGGGUCGAGCUGGCUGUCAAAGGCCUCAGUGUUGCAGCUCUCUCUGAGUACACCAAAGGCUCUGACUGCUCCUUCCACAGAGACACAUGGGUGAAAUGGGAAAACCUGGCCCUCCAGGUAUUCCUGGAGACCCAGGGAACAGAGGAAUGCCAGGACAGACAGGAACCAUGGGUUACCCUGGGCCAAAGGGCGUCGCUGGCAAGACAGGGAGGUUGGGCAGGAAUGGCAAUCAAGGAGAGAAUGGGUGCUCUGGGCCACCAGGACUACCUGGGCUCCGGGGUCCCAGAGGUUUUAAAGGAGAAGGGGCUUUACCAGGGGAGAAAGGGGAUGAGGGUUUCAGUGGUGAGCCUGGACCAUGUGGAGACAGAGGGCGAGCUGGGGAAAAGGGAUCUAAAGGGGAACCAGGAGAAGAUGGGCCCACUGGACCUCCUGGGCUUCAAGGUCCAGCUGGUCCACGAGGUCGGACCGUCAGGAUUAGCAGGAGAGACAGGCUCACCUGGACCUCGAGGGACUCAGGGUCAACCAGGCAGCGAUGGCCCUUCUGGUCCUAAGGGGGAAAUGGGUGAAGUAGGACCUAUGGGGAUAAAAGGAUUGCCCGGCAUUGAAGGGCCCAUGGGGAUGAGUGGAAGUCCUGGUCCAAAAGGAUUUCCAGGUGGCACAGGUUUCAGAGGACUGGAUGGUGACAGUGGAGAGGCUGGACCAAAAGGAGACAGAGGCCUUAAAGGGGUUGCAGGAAUCCAGGGUCGUCAGGGAGAGAGGGGUGAACGUGGCAUCUCAGGCCCUCCAGGGGUGAGAGGUCAACCUGGGCCCCGAGGAAAAGAGGGCGAGGACGGGGAGGCCGGUCCCCAGGGAGUAGUUGGGGAACAGGGGCCAAAGGGCGACAGAGGCACCCCAGGACAAAAGGGGAAGUUAGGACUCAAAGGACAAAGGGGUCGCCCAGGGCUCCCUGCUCCGUUUGGUCUCCCUGGUAUGCUGGGUUUCAGAGGCCGAGUUGGGACUGAGGGAGCAGAAGGAAAGCCUGGUACACAGGGUGUUCCUGGUUCUGCUGGCCCUCCUGGCCCUAAAGGAGACAGAGGGCUUCCAGGUGUGGCUGGUGAUCCAGGGUGGACAGGUUCUCCAGGAGCUGCAGUUCCAGGAAAGCCAGGUGAAAAUGGAAUACCUGGACCGACUGGGCAGAGGGGCUUCACAGGGAAACCAGGGUUGAUGGGCCCCCAGGGUCCAGUGGGCAUGUAUGGUCACCCAGGAGCAGUGGGUCUGACUGGGAGACCAGGUCCCAUGGGACAGAGGGGAGAUGCUGGUGUCAGAGGCCGCCCUGGUAACCCAGGAAAGACUGGACCUCCAGGUCUGCAGGGCAUUCCUGGUGUGAGAGGGCCUCUGGGACCACAGGGCUUCCAAGGAGAGUUUGGGCCCAAAGGCUUUCAUGGACUGCCAGGCCCUCCAGGCCAACCAGGACCAGAAGGCAGCAUGGGAAGCCCUGGUCCUCCAGGAAGCCAGGGGCCACAAGGGCCAGCAGGGCCAGUUGGACCUAGAGGGUUUCCAGGAAAACCAGGAAUUGUUGGAUUGAUGGGUCAGGCUGGAGAGAAAGGAGAGCAGGGUGCAGUGGGUCCUGUGGGUGAUGUUGGUGCACCAGGUCUGGACGGGCAGCAGGGUCCUCCAGGACCAGCUGGUGAAGAAGGGAUUCCUGGAACAAAGGGUGACCAGGGAGCUCCGGGCCCCCAGGGACCACCAGGGCCCAAGAGACCAAAGGGCGAGCCAGGACCUCAGGGCUCCCAGGGGCUGCAGGGUGAACCUGGCCCGCAAGGCAAAGAGGGAGAUGUUGGAGGCCCUGGUGUUCCUGGGGAUCCAGGUGCCAAAGGAGCAAAGGGUCAAGGCGGUCUGAGGGGGGAGGUUGGACCAUCAGGCUUCUUAGGGCUACAGGGAGACACAGGUCCUGCUGGUUUGACAGGGGAGCCAGGAACUCCAGGUCCUAAGGGGGUGGCAGGAAGUCCAGGUGUGAAAGGUGACAUGGGAAAGCCUGGUCCACUGGGUCCUGCAGGAGUCACAGGAAGUUCAGGUGGUCCUGGUCCAAAGGGCUUUCCUGGACCUGAAGGGUUGAGAGGAGAACCUGGACAGAAAGGGGGACCUGGAGAGGGUCCUGAUGGCCUGCCAGGAAAUAAAGGACCUCCAGGACUACCAGGACCAGAGGGUAUUGAGGGUGAGAUGGGUCUUCAGGGCUCUAUUGGCCCUCCAGGACCUCAGGGAGAGCCUGGAGAUGCAGGACCACAUGGCCCUCCUGGUCGUGAAGGGUUAAAGGGAAUGCAGGGCUCCACUGGAGAGCCAGGAAGAGCUGGUCAGAAGGGAGAGCAGGGAAAUAUCGGCCUACCAGGUAGACGAGGUUCUCCGGGCCUGCCUGGGCUGCCUGGUUUGUUUGGGCAGAAGGGCCUGAAAGGAUUUGCUGGACCACCAGGCCCUGUUGGGGAGAAAGGCUUACCUGGUCCACCUGGCUUACCUGGACCCCCAGGGACCUCCCUGAACCUCACUCUGACUCAACUAAAGGAGCUCAUGUACAUGUCAGACAAGCCCAACUCCGUCCUGGUGCAGGCUCUGUUGGACUCCCUUCAGAGAGACCUUCGCUGGUACGUCAACCCACCAGAUGGCAGCAAACAACACCCAGCUACUACGUGUCUGGAGCUGUGGCUCGCUCACCCCAACUUCACUAACGGGAUGUAUUACAUUGAUCCUAACCAGGGCAGCCCAGCUGAUGCUUUUCAAGUGUACUGUGACUUCACAGCAGAACCAAAGACCUGCCUGUCUCCACUGCAGCCUCAGGUUCCAAUAAAAGCUUGGCUGAAGGAUUCUGGCACGAAUAUGUCGUUUCACUGGUUGAGCACGGUGGAAAAAGGCUUCCAGUUUGAGUAUCCAGGUGGAACAGAUGUGGUGCAGAUGAGGUUUCUGCGACUGAACAGCAGAUUCUCCACUCAGACCAUCACAUACUCCUGCCAGCCAGGAUAUAGACAGAGCCGCAGAGAGAGGGAAGUCAAGUUCCUGGCUGACACUCGGAGGCAGAGUUACCUGGCGGCGCUGCAAGACUGUGUGAUGUCGGAGAAGCUGGAGUCAGGAGAACAGAAAUCAUCAGUUUUUCAGUUUGAAAGUGAAGAUCUCCAGCUGCUGCCUCUCAGGGACCUGGCAGUGUUCGGAAACAACCAACUAACCUGGGAGUUUGGCUUCACCAUAGGACCAGCAUGCUUCAGCUAG